AUGGGUGUUGAAAAAGCAAGGGGUCUUGUUUUUGGUGACUAUUCAUCAUCAUUUGAUGAUCAUCGUUGGUAUGUUGAUGCCACUAAUGAUUGUAAUCCAGGGAGUGUUUUUGAUAUGGAAUUUGAUGUUGAUAGUAAAGGAAGACAUUUCAAAUGCUUGUUUUUCGCUUUUGAGGCAUAUAUUCAUGGUUUCAAGUAUUGUCGGCCUGUGUUGAUGCUUGAUGGAACUUUCUUGAAAGGAAGACACAAAGGUUGUUUAUUGGUUGCUACGACAAAAGAUGAUAACCAAGGUUUAUAUUCGUUAUGUUUUGCGAUUGUUGAUAGUGAAAGUUAUGACAGUUGGCAUUGGUUAUUGUCAGAGUUAUUAGUUAUUUUGACUCCGGAGAGGGAUAUUGUAUGUGCAUAUGCUCCUACUACUGAGUUGUUUAAUGAGCUAUUUGAAGAAUUUAAGGGUUGUUGUGGUCGUAGUGUUGAAAAGUUUCUUGAGGAUUUGCCUAAUAAGUGUUGGUGUAAUGCUUAUUUUCAAGGCAAGAGGUAUGGUGAAAUGUGCACAAAUACUGUGGAAUCUUUUAAUUCAUGGAUUAGGGAUGAACGCCAUUUGUUUUCAACUAGUCUUGUUGAUACUAUACGGGUGAAACUAAUGGAGCAAUUUUCAAGAAGGAGAGAAGUUGGGAAUAAGUGGAAUCGUAUUGUUUGUCAUUUUGCAGAGAAAAAAUUGGAAGAAGCUUUUAAUGAUACAAAAGCAUGGAUAGUUAAGAAAUGUAGCGAUGACAUUUAUGAAAUCCAAUUGGAUCAUUCAGUUGUGGUUGAUAUUGGGAAACGUUCUUGUUGUUGUCGAUUGUGGGAAAUUGAUUCUUUUCCUUGCAAACAUGGUUUUUGUGCAAUAAAGAGGAGUGAAAAGGAUCUGAAUUGUUUUCUUGAUGAUUACUAUCGUGUUAGUAGUUAUUGUGAUUCUUAUUCACAUUCUAUCUAUUCAGUUCCUAGUAUGUGA